UUCCCUAUUGGUUGAAGCGUGUCAGAGUGCAGAGAACAACAAACAAGUCAGUGGCUAGACGGUCGGGAUGGACGCAGCUACGUUGACGUACGACACGCUUCGCUUUGGUGAGUUUGAGGAUUUCCCAGAGACCUCAGACCCGGUGUGGAUCUUAGGAAAACAGUACAGCGCCCUCACAGAGAAAGAUGAAAUUCUAUCAGACGUCACCUCACGGCUUUGGUUCACAUACAGAAAAAACUUCCCUCCAAUUGGUGGGACAGGGCCCACGUCGGACACCGGGUGGGGCUGCAUGUUGCGGUGCGGACAGAUGAUCCUUGGCGAGGCGCUGAUGUGCCGACAUUUGGGCAGAGAGUGGCGAUGGUCAGCAGGCGAGAAACAAAGAGAAGAGUACAUCAGCAUCCUCAACGCCUUUAUCGACAAAAAGGACAGCUACUAUUCCAUCCAUCAGAUUGCCCAAAUGGGAGUUGGAGAGGGGAAGCCGAUAGGACAGUGGUACGGACCAAACACAGUUGCCCAGGUUCUCAAGAAGCUUGCCAUGUUUGAUACCUGGAGCAGACUUGUGGUGCACGUGGCCAUGGACAACACGGUGGUCAUCGAGGAGAUAAAGCGCCUGUGCAUGCCCUGGCUGGAUGUCGUGGGAGCGUGCGGCGAUUCGGGGGCGACGGACGGGCUCAAUGGCUGCCUGGAGGGUGCGUGUGCGCUGGCUGAGGAGGAGACGGCGCUGUGGAAGCCGCUUGUCCUGCUCAUCCCGCUCAGGCUGGGACUGAGCGACAUCAAUGAGGCAUACAUCGAAACACUCAAGCAAUGCUUCAUGCUGCCUCAGUCGCUGGGCGUCAUUGGCGGGAAACCAAACAGCGCUCACUACUUCAUCGGUUAUGUCGGGGAGGAGCUCAUCUAUCUGGACCCACACACCACGCAGCCGUCCGUGGAGUCGUGCGACGACAGCCAGGUGCCCGACGAGACCUACCACUGCCAGCACCCGCCCUGCCGCAUGCACAUCUGUGAACUGGACCCGUCCAUCGCUGCGGGUUUUUUCUGCAGAACAGAGGACGACUUUGACGACUGGUGCAUGCGCAUAAGGAGGUUGUCAUGCAAUCGAGGCGGCUUACCCAUGUUUGAGUUGGUGGACAGUCAGCCAUCACACAUGGUCAGCGUGGACGCCCUUAACCUGACUCCCGAUUUCUCCGACUCGGACAGGCUGGAGCGGUUCUUUGAUUCAGAAGAUGAAGAGUUUGAGAUUCUUUCCUUGUGAGGAAGACGUGAACAAUAACGUACUGUUGACAGUGACAAAAAAAAAGAAGAAAAAGACGGAAAAAAGAUUCUCUGCCUCCGCGUCCGAGGGGAAGCCGCAGGGGACGAGCGCCAACUGGAGCCGGUCCCGUUCAGAGGAUGCAGUCGGCGCGCGUCACGCAGCGUUCCCUCCCAACAGCAGCAUCCCUUCGAAAACGCACGUUCCGUCCCGGAGCGAGGGGGGCGUCGGCUCGUAUGGACACCCUCACGUACGUGUUUCCAUUUGAGUCUUAACAAGAUUAACUGUCGAUGAUUCUGAGGUGAUAACGGUGCCUUUCCACAGUCCAUACCUUAACUUGCUUCCAAGUUGCGCUGUGCCCACACCACCUGUACUCAUUACAAAGUGUCCCUGCCACACCACUAUUUAUUUACUCACCACUCAGUAUGUAGACAGACGAGAAGAGGAACAACUAGGAAUAAACCCUGACAGAUAUUUCACUAUGCCGUCUCAAGUUCAUUUAUGUGUGGUGCAAUGUGUCGGGGCCACACUCAAGUGUUCAAAGAAUCAAAGUAGUAACCAUAAUAAUUGAUUCAACAAAAUGUCCUGUUUUUUUUACUGUUGUGGUUUUAUUAUUUAGAUAUUUAAUUCUGAUAAAGUACAGUAUCAUUUUAACUGCAUUGCAAACCUUAGUGAUUAUCUACACAGUUACAAUUCAGUUUUUGGAAUCUGUACUUUUUUGUCACAAUAUUUUGAAUUUAUUCUUUUAAGUUACCACUUUUUUUCCCCCAAUUUUCUUCUUCCUUAGCUUUUUCCUUUUACAACUAUUUUCAUAAAAGUACAACUUGUAUAAUGACUUUGAUCUCACAACUGCUACCAUACCUUUCAACAUUUGCAUCUGGAAAUAAGGUAAAUGAAAUUAGGAUUUAUUAUUUGUGUGCUUUUAUUUUGAAGGCCUGACUUUACCGCUAAGGCAGUGGUCCCCAACCUUUUCUGUACCACGGACCGGUUUAAUGUCUGACAAUAUUUUCACGGCCCAAUCUAAAGGUGUAGCAGAUAAAAGCAAAAUAAAACGAUAAGAUCGGCAUUCAAAACUGUGGUAUUUUCUCUCUAAUAAUAAUAAUAUUGAACGUAAAUCCACCGUGUAAUCAUGUGGAACUUUAUUAGCAGUGUCCUCGUAAUGUCGCACCAACAACAGAACAUGAGCAACAUCCUUUCUCCCCCAACACAAUGCAACACACUCUGGUCGCUAUGGUAAUGUUUAAACAUACCUUCAAAAUAAGACACAACACAAAAACAAAGUGCAUGAAAAUACUCGCUACUCAGAGCAGCACUGAAUCAGUGGGACCCCUGACCUUGUUUUGCUGCAAUGAGACGGUCCCAUCUGGGAGUUAUGGGAGACAAUGAAACCCGAAGUGUGCUACUUUUAGGUCCAGUCUGCUCCGUAAUUUUGUUUUCGUUGCUGUCACUGCAGAAAACCCUGCUUCACACAGAUAAGAUGUCGGAAAUGGCAACAGGGUUUUCAGUGCUGUUGUGGCGAUCUCGGGGUAUUCUGCCAGAACAACGGCAGAGUUCAUGUCUCAAACAGACGUUUAAGGCCCCUGUCAUUUGCGAUCUCCAGCAGUUGAUCUUCUUCACACAUUGACAUGCUGGAUUCACCUGGUUUGUUGACAAAUGGGUCGCGGAUCCAUUACUUGGCAGUUCGUGGAUCUUUUGUGGUUGGGAAGUAGCACUCGAACUCUUCUGACAGCAGGGACAGGUGUUCGUACACCAGCUGGGAGAGCAAAGGUGCUGGCUCAAUCUCUUCCAAAAUCCCCGCCAGUGUAUGAAACAUGUCAAAUGCACCUCUGUUCACACGCUGUCCCAAAAAAAUCCAGUUUGGCUUUAAAUGCAGCUACUUUAUCUGCCACCUUGACAGUUGUCAUUUUCCCUUGAAGUUGAAGUUCAUUGAGCAGGCUGAAUAUGUCGCACAAGCCAGUUUUGCGAUCCAUUCCUCAUCACUGAAGUGUGGUGCCAGCGGCGACUUUUUUUCAGAGAGAAAUCUCUGCAGCGGCUCUCGUAAUUCAAAUACUCUGGCCAGCGAUAUCCCUCGGGAUAACCGUCUUAUCUCUGUGUAUAAGAGGAGGCGUUUGUGGUUCGUAUCCAUCUCUUCACAAAGCUGCUCGAACAGGCGCGAGUUAAAGGUUGAUAACUUUAACCACAUCAUUCAGUACGCCGCUCAGUUCCUGUAGCAUUUUUCGGCUAGCCAGCAUUUCCCUGUGAACGACACAAUGCGUAGACUCGCAUUCAGGUGCAACCUCCUUGAUCCGAGCAGUUAAACCAGACAGCCGUCCAGUCACGGCAGCAGCUCCGUCCGUGCAUAUGCCGACACAAAAGGACCAUUUCAGUUUUCCUGACAUACAAUCAUCCGACGACUUGAAUAGUUCUGCAGCUUUAGUUUUGGUUGGCAACGAUAGUGCACACAACAUAUCUUUGUGCGUAUCCUCCUGAUAAAGAUAUCACACAUAAACAAGUAGUGCCUUGUUGUCAAUAUCUGUUGACUCGUCAACCUGGAGCGCAUACCAUGGUGAAUUAUUAAUUCUCGCCAACAGCUGUGUCUCAAUGUCCUCUGCUAUUUCCUCAAUGCGCAGAGUGACAGUGCUCGCUGAAAGAGGCACCUGUGCAAUCUUUUUAACAGCAGCCUCUCCUAGAAGUUCACGGCAAAUGUCUUUGGCGGCGGGUAGGAUAAGGUCUUCAUCAUUAAGACUCGGAUAAUAAAUCAAACAAAUUAUGUGGGGGAAAAAAAAUAAUAAAAUAAUGGAAAUUAUUUUUUCUUUUUGUGCAGCCCAGUACCAAAUGACACACACCCGGGGGUUGGUGAUCACUGGGCUAGGGCACGGGUGUCCAAAGUGCCAGCCCUCGGCACUUUGGCCCGCAUUACAUUAGAAAAACAUAAUUUAACAAGAAAACUUAAACAACAGCAAAAAUGGAAAACUCAGCAGUAAUUUUACAAGAGUAAAGUCAAAAUAUUAAGAGAAAAAAGUUGCAAUUUAUGAGAAAAUAGUGAUAUGAAGAAAAACUUCAUUUUAGUAUCAAAGUUUAUAUUUACAGACUUUUUUUUAAGUUGUAAAUUUUUUUUUUAAACCACAAAUAAAGAAAAAGUAAAUUAGGUUGCGGAAAAUGUUAUGUUACGAGAACGAAGUCAAAAUAUUAUGGGAGUAAAGUUAUAAUUACAAAAAUAAAAGUUACAAGAAGAAAGCUGAAAUAGUUGGAAAAUAAAAAAAAACUGUAGAAAUGGAAAAAAACAGCUUUAAUUUUACGAGCCAAAAUAUUAAGAGAAAGAAAGUCGUAUUCUAACGAGAAAAAAGUUGCAAUUUUCGAGAAUAAACCCAUGAUAUUAUGAGAUAAAAUAAUGUCAUUGUGGUAGCAUAGAGUUGAAAUAUUAAAGGUAAAUGUUUUUUUAAGUCGUAAUAUGAGAAACAAAACAGAAGAAAGUUGUAAUUUUUGGAAAAUCUGAUUGGGGGAAAAGUUAGAUUAUGGGAAUAAGGUCAAAAUAUUAUAGGAAUAUAGUUAUAAUAGUACCAGAAGAAAAUGUAUGAAGUAUAUUUAAGAAGAAAGUUGAAAUAUUUUUGGGACCAAAAAAACAGCAAAAAUUGCAAACAAAGAGCAAGGACUGAAGUUCUUAGUAAUAAUAAUCACCUACAGUGCCUAUCAUAAGUAUUCACCCCCUUUGUUGCUUUCAUAAAUCAAUCAUGGUCAAUAAAAUUUAGCUUUUUUAACAAAAAAUAUUGGGAAAAAAAAACUCUUAAUGUCAAAGUGAAAACAGAUUUCUAUAAAGUAAUGUUAAUGAAAGAAAAUUAUAUAAAUGAAAAUAAUUGUUUGCAUAAUUAUUCACCCCCUUCAAGUCAGUAUUUAGCAGAUGCACCUUUGGCUGCAAUCACAGCAGUGAGUCUGUGUGGAUACUGUAGGUCUCAAUCAGUCUUGCACAUCUGCCCAUUGCAAUUUUGCUCCAUUCUUUGCAAAACUGCUCAAGCUUUGUCAGGUUGCGCGGGUAUCAGGCAUGAACAGCCCUUUUCAAAUCCAGCCACAAAUUCUCUAUGGGAUUGAGGUCUGGGCUUUGACUCGGCCACUCCAGAACAUUUACCUGCGUCUUUUUUAACCAUUCCUGUGUAGCUUUUGCAGUAUGUUUUGGAUCGUUGUCUUGCUGGAAAAUAAAUCUUCUCCCAAGACGUAGUUCUCUUGAAAAAGAUUGUCCCCCAGGAAUUCUGUGUAUUUUGCAGCAUUCAUUCUGCCGUCUAUCUUUACAAGCCAUCCAGGUCCAGUUGCUGAGAAACAUCUCCACAGCAUGAUGCUGCCACCACGCUUCACAGUGGGGAUGGUGUCUUUUUGGUGAUGUGCAGUUUGGUUUCCGCCAAACAUGACGUCUUGUCUGAUGGCCAAAAAGCUCAAUUUUGGUCUCAUCAGACCAAAGAAUCUUCUUCCACUUGACCAUGGAGUCUUCCACGUGCUUUUUGGCAAACUCUAGUCGAGAUCUAAUAUGACUUUUCUUCAACAGUGGCUUUCUUGUUGCCACUCUCCCAUAAAGCUUUGACCGGUGAAGAACCCGGGCAGCAGUUGCUACAUGCACAGUCUAGAUCUAUUUGUCCUUCCUAUUUCCACUUUACUGUGGUGCAUUAUGUUUCUCAUAACAUUUUGACUUUAUUUAAAAAUCCCUCUUUUUGUGUGUAAUAGUUUGAAUUUGUCAGAAGUACAACUUAAUCCUCACUUUUCAAGUUAGACCUGGUAAUGAUGUGUUUUUCCUCUUCACUGUGGCUCUGCUCGUUCCUUUGUUCAUGUGGGACAGGAUGGCUGAACAUGGUUUUACUUAUGAUAAAAUAGAGCCUAUAUGUAGAGCAGAAAAGAGACUUUAUUGUAGACGCUCAAUUCCACAGCUCUCCCAGAUGCUGCUUCUGAGCCAGGUUGACGACCUUGAGACUUUGCGCUGUGAUGUUGUCAUGUACGUCCUCCACACUUUGAGAAGCAUCGAUGACCUGCAAGAGACACCACAGAUGAGGAGAUGCUCCACAGCGUUCGUGUCCGCGCUGACUUGGCACUCACCUUCCAGUUGACAGACGGAUCCUUCAUGAGCUCCUCAAACCUCUGCUGCACCGCUCUCUGGAAGACGCUGUUCUCAUACCUCUCCCCCCCAAAGUGAUCCCGGAGCGCCGCCUCUGCCGGGCUCAGCUGCAGGAACAUGACCAGGUCCGGCUUGGGGAGUCCUACGUCUGGGUUCUUGCACCAGUCCAGGCUGAAGCCCUGACCAAUAGUUCAAAAUGCACGGUGACGUCAUUCAAGAUUCAAGAGUUUUAUUGUCAUAUGCAUAGUAAAACAGGCAGUUAUACUAUGCAACAUAUGGCGGAUGCAGAGUUCUAAUUGGCUGAUGAGUGACUCACGGGCUUGGCGCCUGUGAAUGCAGCACCGGAGAAGGCGUAUCUGUCCACCACCAGGGUGGUGCCUUGCUCCAGCUUGCUCUUCAUUUGAGGCCUAGAAGCGCGGGAAGAAGAGCCUUGGUUUUGUGGGACUACUUAUUGUUGCGCAUUGAUACACACAUCCACUGUCUUAUAGCAUGUGGUCAAAAAACACCAGGUGUAUCGACUGGAUACACAGUAAAUACAGGAUAAGUAUUUUUCAAUGUCAUUGAAUGAUUUUAUCUUUAAUUUGUUGAUUGUAUGCCUACUAUCUACAUUUGGGUCGAAAUGUCCACCCCAAACGUACAUCAUUUCCCAGCGGUUAGCGGAGAAGAGUAGGUGCACCGUGUGGUCCUCCAAGUCGCUUUUCUUCUCCAG